AUGUGGUUCAGACCCCGAAACCCAGACGUAGAUCGGCCCGAGAGUGAAGCAAAAGCCGACGACGAGGCGGAGCGCAAACUGUCCUGUGCUGAGCAUCGCGCGGCUCGUCGCGCCGCCAGAGUCCAGCGGCGACAUGAGAGAUUGCUGCGCUGGCGUAGUCGAUUUCCUCAGUUCCGAUUCAAGCACACUAGCAACAACUCCACCCCAACCACCGAGAAUAGCAGCCAUCUGUCUCGGGAGAGCACCGUUAUACAAUUACCUAUCGACUCUUUAAAAAAACUACAGCUAAAGACAAAAUUGAAGCUGAGCGCCGAGCGUGCAGUCGACUCCAACUCGCCGCUUCCUGCACAACCGUUGUCCCACCCAACCGAAUCGGAGAUAAGCGUGACUGCGGGAGGCACCGACAGCGAGUCGUGGGUGUCCACAAUUGACGGAGCGGGUCUCACUAAGUGA